ACUGUAUCACCGCUUGUUUUCCUUACCACGCUGGUGUAGUCCAAGCUGAAGGCGCGCCUGUUUUCUCCCAGCCUCCGUACAGUCAGGAUGUUUAUUGUCUUUUAUUCUUCUUCUCGUUUUUUCUUCUCUUCAUUGCGUAUUGGCACCGCACGAGCAUGAAAACGUGAAGUGAACGUGAGCCAGGAGUCAGGUGCGGCCAGGGAUUGUAGGAUUGUUGCCCGUGUUGUAGUGGAUCAUUGAAGACAUGUCGAUGAUGGGAUAACCCGCGGACACGUUGGUAAACAGCGCGUGGAUGAGAUAUCUGUGUACACUAUUCAUGAAGGAUACUACCUGGGAUUAGUGCACGAUUCAUGUCGGAGAUAGUGGGACGUCAACUGUAGGACCAACUGACCAGCUCUCAACUAUGUGGUCCAGUAACGAGUGACCUUGACCUGUAUCCAUGUCUUAUCCAGGCUCGCCAAAGUUUUAUCGUGGAAGUGAUAACGUGCAGGUGGCGGGAAGUCCCCCAGCCAUGCGAGACCUGCAAGAGUUCCUGGCCGAGGCCGAGCUGGGUGAGUACUACUCGUCCCUGCUCACGCGCCUCAAGGUGUCCACGGUGGAGCACCUCAAGUAUGUCAAGGAGGAGGACCUGGAGGAUAUCGGCAUGACGCGGCCAGAGAUGCGGCGGCUCAAGAAGUUCUACAGGAAGGAGUGUCCUCAAGGGGCCAUUAACAAACUCAGAAAGGCCAUCCUGAGAGGCGGAGGUGAUGGCACCAACAGGACCCUUAGCCCCUCCCCUCCCCAGCAGAGAGCACCCAGACCAGCGUCUGUGGGGGCUCCCUACUCCAGACCACCAGGCAAGCAGCUCAUCUCAGUGGACUCUAUACAGCUCAACAAGAUCCUGGGGGAGGGGGAGUUUGGGGUGGUGCAGCAGGGGGUGUGGACCACAGAGACUGGAGAAAAGCUACAAGUGGCAGUAAAGAAACUGAGCAGGGAGAGAGUGAACACAGGGACCCAGAACUUCCUCAAGGAAGCUGCUAUCAUGCAGGAUGUGGACCACGAUCAUAUUGUCCGCAUGUACGGCGUGGUGCUGGACACUGAUGAUAGUCUCAUGAUGGUGACAGAGCUGGCCCCCAUGAGGUCACUGCUGGAGUGUCUCAAGGACCCCAUGCUGCGGGUUGACCUGCAGAUACCCAGGCUCUGUGACUACGCCCAGCAGGUGUCUGAUGGCAUGAGCUACCUGGAGAGUAAAAGGCUGGUCCACAGAGAUUUGGCUGCCAGGAAUAUUCUAGUCUUCACUAAAAACCUGGUUAAAAUCAGUGACCUGGGACUGUCCAGAAUACUGGGAGCUGGUCAAGAUUAUUACCAGAGCAAGUUUAGUGUUAGUUUAAAGCUGCCCAUUGCAUGGUGUGCACCAGAGUGUAUCAACUAUCUCAAGUUCACCACAGCCUCUGAUGUCUGGUCCUUUGGUGUCCUGCUAUGGGAGAUGUUUACAUAUGGCUUCCAACCUUGGGCUGGCAUGAAUGGUCAACAGAUUCUGGAAGUGAUUGAUGGCCCCAACAGCCAGUACCUGGAGCAGCCAGACCUGUGUACCAAUGAGAUGUACCAGCUGAUGAAGGAGUGCUGGGAACACGACCCAGAUGCCAGGCCAACUUUUGCUUCCAUUUUACUCAGGUUACCACAGCUACGCCCCACCCAGGUGAAAGCUCUGAAGGACGAGACUUCUGGCACAGAGAAAGGCUACUUGACCUACAAAGCUGGUGACAUCAUUGUUGUUAUUGACAAGAGUCCCCCCAACACCUCCCCCCCUGGUCUGGUGUGGAGGGGUGUACUGUCCAGUGGCAAGGUGGGAUUCUUUGACCCAACAAAUGCUGCACCCUUCAUUGAACCUAAGAUUAGCCCUGUCGCAGCUAAAUCUCUCUCACUGGCUAGGAAAGAAUCCAGCAGAAAGUCAGGGAGAAAGAUCCGAGCUGAUAUGAUUAGUCGACCACAGAAUGACCUGAGACACACUGGCCACAUUGGAUACGAUGGCGCUGUCUUUGGUGAUGUUUCUUUCAUUGGUGAUGCUUACGCCAAGCUGCCCAUCAGAGUGGACACAGCAGUAACUGCAAGCAGGGGCUCAUCAAUGUCAUCCAUCCCACACAACCAGGACAGUCCAGACCAUAAUGGGCUCAUUAGAUCCACAAACUCUGAGGAGUUUUUGGAUAAAGAGAGGAAUGGAUAUGGUCAGUCUUGGAUGAGCCGUGAGUCCCUCAACAGUCAGUCCACAAUGCAGUCCCUGGAUGGGAGAGAGAGCCCCUCCUACCUGGACGUGGAAGAUGAUUCCUUGUUUUCUGACUUCAAGAUGCCAGAUUUGGGAACUUCGUUUGAUUUCGGCCCAUCUUUCAUGGAUGAAGUUCUCAAAGCCCUGGACGAGAAAGAAAAGCUGGUGACCUCCAGCAAUGAGACAACACCAACAGCCAACCAGAGCAGCAAGACAUUUGAGACAGAUCUGAGACACAACGCCACCCUGAGCGCGCCAGCAGCGCCCGUACACCAGGAGAGCAGGAAGUCCUCUUCCUCCUCGUCAUCCUCCUCAAUACCUCCACUACCCUCCCAUCCUCCCCGGGUGGAGCCACCUAAAGAGAGAAAGCAAGCCAAAGUAAAGCCUAUGUCGGCCUCGGAAGAAAAAGUGCUGGAGUUUUCUUUAGCUCGAGCCAGGGAACUGACCUCAGGUCGACUGAAUGACUCCCAAUCUCCCCCCACCAGUCCGGCUGACGCAGAUAAAAAUUUCUUCGCGGAGGAGUCACAUGGUAUCAUGUCACGUCUGAAGAACUCUAUCAAGCGCAGCCCCAAAGUUGAGCAUAAACGAACAUUUUCUGAUGAUUUGGAGAACAAAGGGAGUAUUGAUGAUGACGUGAGCCCUGAGGCCCAACAAGCUUAUAACAUGCUGGUGGAGAAAGGUUCAUUCAAAGAAUCCAAUUCUUUGAGCAAGCAGACCUAUUCAGAGUCUGAGGACUUUAAAAGAGAAGUGUCACAAUCUAGAAGCUCUGGCGCUUCAUCCAAAUCUUCACAAGAUCUGGAAGCAAACGCUUGGUUUGAGCCAGAUCUUAUCAAAGAUUCAAAACCCAGUUCUAGCUCCUCUAGGACUUACGUCAAUGAUAAGCCAUCCUCCCCCUCACCUGGGGCGGCAGUCUCAAGUCCACCCCCCAUCCCCGCCACUCGGCCGACCUCUGGCAGCCUGUCUAAACCAGCCCAGAGUGUGGCACCAGUGCCGGCGCCCAGGCCAGUCAAGGUGGACACCAGUAAAAAGUCUGAGAUCCCCGUCCCCAAGCCACGGCCAGAGAUCCAGAGGGUGGAGCCAACUGUGCGACAGAACGCUCCAGCCUCACCUGACAUCCCGCCCAAGGGGGAGAGGCGGAUAGAGAGCCACAUCCCAGUGCCAGCCUCGCGGGACUCCAAGGAGAGAGAGAGGGAAGAGCUGAAGCGCACUAUAGAGAUUGUCAGAGUGGAUGAUGCUAGCAGUCUAAGAGAUGAAGCUUCGGACAAAGCGUCCACGUCUUUUGACCGCUCUUCCGCUCGCUCGUCUCAGAGGUCAUCGCUAGACCGGUCAGAUAACAACUCGGAGACGUCUGACCACAGGCCUGACUGGGAGCAGAGUGAGUGCUCUUCUAAUGGUAGCAAGCUGAGCCGAGACUCGGAGCCCAGAGCCCAGGUAUCAUCUGCUGCUUCCAUUGAGCGCAAAGACUCUUUCAACAAAAAACAGACGUCGUCGCUGUUUGAGGAGGACCUGAGCGAGCCUUCCCCGCAGGAAAUUAUGAACAAGCUGCGUGAACGCAGGCUCAACAGGCACAUGGAUCAUCAGAAAAACUUGUCGGGAGAAGGGGAUUCCGCAGCUGUGGUCACCACGUCUAGAAUCAGAUCAUCUGCACGUGAACCUCAAGGAAUUCCAGGUCGCACAUCCACUGUGGAUGUGGAUGAAAAUGCUGGUGGUGAUGCUGGAUCUGAAGAAGUGGAUACUAAUCCUCUCCGUAUGUUAAGGGGCGGAGCCAUCCCCAUCCGGACAGCUGGACGAGGCACAGCAGGUAACCUAGUGCGAGGGACAUCGAUCCUUCGCGUGCCCCACCUUCAUUUCUCUACUGAUAUUUCUAGGAGUCUAGCGGAUGCUAAGCAAAGCCUUGAGACAAAGAGCUGUGCGCAGCCUGCUGUGUGUGAGAAGGACAAGGACGGUGCUGCUGCUGCUCAGCUGAGUCUGGAACUGGACAAACUGACCGGUUCUUUAAUGGAGAAUCAGAAAUCUGAGGGAGAGGUUUCCGCCAAGUGCCAGGAUGCACCUGGAGGUGUUGUAGUGACCAGUGACCUCCCUGCGGAGGUGUAUGUCACUUGUUCACAGCCAAACCCUACACCCCCCACUCCCCCCCUAAACAGAGACUCCCCUCCUAAACUACCCCCUAGGAUUAGCCACUCGUUGAGUGAGGACCCAGAGAAACAAACCCCACCCUCACACCUCAACCUAAGGCGGAGCUGUAGUUUUAACAGUGACAGUGGUGAGGCGCCAGCCUUGCCCCCUAGAAAUCCCCAACCUGGCAGAACUCCCCUUAAUUCACGGCCCCGGGAGAGAAAAUACCCGCUAGUUAUUUCCCCUUCACAAUCUACUGAUGCUAAGCAACAUUCCAGAGCUGAGCAGGGGUUGAACAAAGCCAAGUCCCCCCACCCAGCCAAACAUAGCUCACCCACUCACUCAGGUUUUGUUCACCAGCAUUCCACGCCCCACAGGCAAGAUUCUAACCCUCAACCAUACCCCUCCCACCAUUUUACCCCCAAGCAUGAGCAUUUCCCCGUCUCCCUCCCCCCAGCCUACGACAUCUCCGCAUCAGAGACACAGGUGGCCAGCUGUGAGCCUACCCACAUGCUGCUGGACCCCCACUCCCCCCACCUGCCCUUACACGUUGACCUGCCCUCCGCAGCUGACCUGACCAUCAUGGAUGAACCCACGCACGUCUCCCUCUCAUCCUUGGCCAACAACAAGCACUCAUGGUCAGCCACGUUCACCAGCCCCUCCCCUCUCUCACCCUCAUUCCCUCACAGAAACAAAUCUCACCACUCCUCCUCAGAGCGAGGACAUCACCCUAAAGUUUUCCAUAGAAGUAUUAGUCACACUUAUGGUCAGCACCUUCCUGCCUACUUGCCCCGUCCUUAUUUUGAUGACCAAAGUCCGCCAGCUGAUCUCCCCCCUGCUCCCCCCACCCCAUCAUACAGAGAGAAGCUUGGCCUUGACCUCCAGAAACCUAAGGUCACUCGCAGUAUUUCCCACAACUCAGCGUCCAUCCAUCCUUACAACUCACAUGCAUCAUUCCCUGACCCUCCCAGAGGCCGGUCAGCCAGUGACACGUCACCGUCCAGUCACUCUCCCUCCCCUCACAGAGUCUUUCGUUACAUCACACACAGUUGUGAUGAUGACGACGCCUUCUUUGAUGAAGCGCCAUCUUUCCCCCACCCCUAUUCACAGACCCCCUUCCACCCUAUCAGCAGCGGUUCUAGUCAGCAGAUCUCUCCCUACCAUACAUCAGACGUUAAACAAAACACAGCUCCGCCGCCACCGUCCCCCCGCACACAACACAGCCACAGUUCAAACCAUGUAGCAUCCCAUAAUUCCCAGAAACCAGCACCAGUAAAAGAGCCUCUGCCCCUCCCCCCUAGAAACCAUCAGAGACCAGCCAAAUCUGGCACCAGCAGCCAGCCCCUGUUCUUUAAGUUUCCCUGUAUAACAGCCUCCACAAGCAGCAGUGAAGCAGCCCUGUCACCCCCAGUACAGCCUGUAGCAGCAGCAGCACACACGCAGCCGCACGCCUCCACCACCGGCAGCAGCUCGGAUGUUUCCCCCCUCAUGUUCACCACCAACACAAAUGCCUCCAGUGUCAGCUAUGAAGAUUUGCGACAAUUUGCCAUGGAUAGGCAGAAGAAUUGCCAAGAGGUAGAACAGUUGCUCCGAACAUUUGAUAAUCAGGUAUCUGUGGAGGAAUGCACUACAGCACUGGAGGGCACUGGCUGGGAUGUCAACAAGGCCACCAAGUACCUCCAGCUCAAGCAUCUCUUAUCCCUGGGCCUGGCUGACGUCCGCACCUGUAAGCUGGCCUUGACCUCAUGCAACUGGGACCUCCAGCGGGCGGCCGACAGACUUCUUGACAUCUCCAAGGGACCCUCCUCUGUGCAGCCUUUACUCAUGCCAGUGCCAUCACUACAAGCAGCCCAGAAAUAGUUGUGUAAAUAGAACGGUUGCCCAGAGCUCAUUAGUGUGUAAAUAGACAGUUGCCCAGAAGACAGUAGUCUGUAAAUAGCCAGUUACCCUCCAAACACCCUGGUUGUUUCUUGUGUUGUCAUUAAUGUUGUGGGCAUUUUAUUUUGUUCAUCCUACACAUUUUUUUAAACUACCAAACAGUCAUAAUGGUUAUUGCUCAAAUUUUUAUUUUUUACUUCUUUUUGGACAAUACUUUUUCUCAACAUGUGGAGUACAAAAAAAAAACAUUAACAAUCAACUAAUCCAAGCAGCAUUAAAGUUACAUAUCUUUUUGCCUGAUUCAAGAUGAACUGGUAGAAGGCCCAGCAACAAUGAAUGUGCUGAUUUUUGUUUUUAAAGUAUGCUCUUUGUUUAAAGGUGUAGUCUGUUCAUCUAGGUAAGUUGAGGUUGGCGGAUGAUGUACAAAGGUUUUUUUUUAACCGUGACACCACUUGGAUGUGAUGGACACUAGCUGGGGUUGUGCCCCCUGAUCUGAUAUUUAUUCUCCAUUCAGGUUCUUCCUCUGCUGUAGCAUGCGUUGAAAGCAAAUUUUAUUGAGGCCAACUUUUUAAGAUUUCUACUUUUUAAAACAUUAUUUAUUGAGAAAUAUUUAAAAGGAGUUUAAAUUUUUUUUUUUUUAUGUGCGAGGCUGUGAUGUUGAUCUAACAUAUCCAUGUACAGUCUCUCCUUCUGGAAGAUUUCAAUAGUGCAGUCAUUGUUCUAGGCAGUUUGUAAUGAAAUCAACAUUUUUCUUUGGAAAUAAGUCUUGUUAAAGCAAGAUCAUUUGUUGGGUAAAAUGGAAUUGAUAAUUCAUUGCAUUUUUUUCUUUUCUUAAAAUUAUUGAUUUUUUUCCUAAUCAGCAUUUACAUGAAACAUAAUUCAUAUUACUACACCACAUUGCACAUAAAUUGUUUUAUUUUUAGAAAUGACCACUUUGAAUUGGAUACGUUUGUUGUCAUGUACUAGGUAUAUAAAACAAUUGGAUCAUUCUGUUCCACGACUUGACCAGCAAUGUCAACAUGCCAGAUUGUACUGUCAUGGUGCUGGUUAUUACCUUUGUUCCUUUCAUGUGUUCUUUGCAAAGUCCAAAUUUAAGUUUAAAUUUUGGCUUUUUUUUUUUCUUUUUUUGUCUUGGCCGUGAUAUUGUGGUCUUGCAUGUUGUAAAAUUAAUUUUAUUUUAAUUAGGUCAUUACGAUUCGUUCAUUUUUAUGUGUAAAUUAGUUCUUGUUUUAUGACCACCUAAUUUGCCUUGUACAAGAAAAUAAAGUUUUGUUCAGUAUAGUUGUUUCAUAACCAUUGCUAACUUAUAUAUGAUACAGAGUAACUCAUUUCAUUGGGAUAAUUCGUUUUCUUUUGAAAAAAAAAACUGGUUGAAAACUUUUUUUAAAAAUAUUGUGUAUCAUCACAUUUUGUAUUAAACAACUGCUGUAAUAAAACACAGUAUUUACCAAAUUUCAA